AUGGCCGCCCAACGGCAGGCCUCAUCCGCAUCACAGACCCCACACCUCUCACCCGCCGAGCUCUCCUACCUCUACACCUCACUCUCCCUCCCCAAAACCCCCAUCCGCCCCGAUGGCCGCUCCACAACCCAGUUCCGGCCCCUGACCGCCGAGUCCAACAUCCUGCCCGGCACGAACGGCAGCGCGCGCAUCGGGUUCGCGGACGGCACGCAGGCCGUUGUCGGCGUCAAGGCCGAAGUCGAGAAAACCACUGUGGCGGCUGACACACUCGAUGCGCGCGGUCUGUUCCAGCAGCAGGAAUCUCCUGCUGCUGCUGCGGGAGACCGCGAGGCGCAGGAGGGCCUGGGCUCGGCUGCGGUCUCGGGGCAUGGGUCGUGGGUGCAGAUGUCGAUUGAGAUUCCCGGGUUCCGGGAUGAUGAUGCGCUUCCGGUGUUCUUGUCGGAGAUGCUGCGCGAGUCUUUGGUUGGUGCUGUUUCGGGUUCUGGUGGUGAAGAUAUGGCUGGUGGGCUGAAGGGUCGGCUGGUGAUUAACAAGCGCUGGCAUUGGCGCUUGUAUAUUGAUGUCCUCCUCCUCUCCCAGCCUCUGUCAUACCCCCUCCCCCUCCUCUCCCUCACAACGCAUCUUGCCCUGCUCUCAACCAAGCUCCCCAAACUCAAGUCCCAAGGCGAGGAAGACCCCCUCUUCGACGACGACUGGGCCGCCGCCCAAUACCUGUACCCGCGCUCGGCACCAGGCUCAACUGCCCCCGUUACUACCUCCCAGCAAGUGCGCCCACCCGUGACACUGCUCGUGAUCUCCGUCGCCGACAACGUCAUCUUCGACCCCACCCGCGAAGAAAUCGCCGUCGCCGACGCCGUGCUGGCGAUUUCCGUUGCGCGCGAUGGCGGGCAUGAUGGUCUGAAACUGCUCUCCAUUCGCACUAUUGACCCGCCUUCUCGUUUGACUCAGCCCGGUGUGCCGAACUCCGAAAAUGUCAAUAUGCUGGCUAACGCUACCUCCGUGGAUGAUUCUGCUGCUGGUGGUGCUACGGCUGUGAACCUUGCUACGGGCGACGAGGAGGUUUCUGGGGUGUGGCGCCCGCGCCGGGGUGGUGCGAAGCGCAGUGUUCUUGCGCGCAUGGUGAAGACGGUAUUGCGGAAGGGUGGUGUAGGUGAGGAGGUUCUCGAGGGACUGGAGGGUGUGGAGGUGGAAUGA